UGACGCGACUUGUCGCUCAUUCUGCGCGCGUGUCUUCUUCGAGCAGUCAUAUUGUGCAAGCUAGCAACGUAGGGCCAACUGUCAGAGUGUGCCGAGCUGUGGCUGUUUUUCCAUAAGUUUUUCAAGGAGGAGUCCAAAGAUGAAGACGAGAUUUAACACCUACGAUCUUGUAUGUUCGGUAACUGAACUGCAAAGGCUCGUUGGCAUGCGAGUGAAUCAAAUAUACGAUAUAGAUCACCGCACGUAUCUUAUACGUCUUCAGCGCAGCGAGGAAAAAUGCGUCCUUCUGCUCGAAUCCGGCAACAGAAUCCACACCACGGUAUUCGAGUGGCCGAAGAAUGUAGCUCCUUCGGGCUUCUCCAUGAAGAUGCGCAAACACCUUAAGAACAAAAGAUUGGAGAGUCUCGUGCAAGUCGGUACGGAUAGAAUAAUAAAGUUGCAGUUCGGAAGCGGCGAGGCUGCCUACCACGUGAUCUUAGAGGUGUACGAUCGCGGUAAUAUAAUCCUCACUGAUUACGAAAUGGUAAUUUUGUACGUGCUGAGGCCUCAUACGGAGGGAGAUAAGAUUAGAUUCGCAGUGAAGGAGAAAUAUCCCCUGGAUAGAGCUCAUUCCACGACUAUGCCACCUGUAGAUGUGAUCCGUGAACACAUUGAGAAAGCUAAGGAGGGAGAUACUCUUAAGAAAGUGUUAAAUCCACUAUUAGAAUUUGGUGCAGCUGUGAUCGAUCAUGUUUUGCUCCAGGCGGGAUUCAAUCUUGGUUGCAAAAUCGGUAAGGAUUUUAAUAUCGCUGAAGAUAUGCCAAAAUUAACCCGAGCACUUGAGGAGGCAAAUAACAUGAUAGAUCACGCGAAGAAAAAUGUCUCAAAGGGCUAUAUAAUGCAAAAGAAAGAAUCAAAGCUCAAUCAGGAUGGCAAGGAGGAUUUUAUAUUUGCCAACAUUGAAUUUCACCCGUUUUUGUUCGAGCAAUAUAAUAAUCAGCCUUACAAGGAGUUUGAUUCUUUUGACGCCACAGUAGAUGAAUACUUUUCUACAAUGGAAGGGCAGAAGAUAGAUUUGAAGGCUCUGCAACAGGAGAGAGAAGCCUUGCAAAAAUUGGAGAGAGUGAGAAAGGAUCACAGCCAGAGAUUGAUCACGUUAGAAAAGACGCAGGAAGUAGAUAAACAAAAAGCGGAAUUGAUCUCGAGGAAUCAAACUUUAGUGGACAACGCUAUACUGGCCAUACAAAGCGCCUUGGCGAAUCAGAUGUCUUGGCCAGACAUUCAAGUUUUGUUGAAAGAGGCUCAAGCCAGGGGCGAUCCUGUCGCUUCUGCUGUAAAACAAUUAAAAUUAGAAACGAAUCAUAUUGCUCUAUUACUGCACGAUCCCUAUGAAGACAGUGAUGAGGAAUCUGAGCUCAAACCUAUGAUGAUUGAUAUAGAUUUAGCUCACACAGCGUUUAGUAACGCCAAGAAGUAUUACAGUCAGAAAAAAUCAGCCGCGAAGAAGCAACAGAAAACGAUAGAAUCCCAGGGGAAAGCUCUGAAGUCGGCGGAAAAGAAGACGAAGCAAACGUUGAAAGAAGUACAGACCAUACACACUAUUAAUAAAUUAAGGAAGAUGUAUUGGUUUGAAAAAUUCUAUUGGUUUAUCACAUCUGAAAAUUAUUUAGUGAUUGGAGGGAGAGAUCAACAGCAGAACGAGUUGAUAGUGAAAAGGUAUCUAAAGGCGGGGGAUUUAUACGUUCACGCAGAUUUAACUGGUGCUAGCUCUGUCGUGAUAAAAAAUCCCAGUGGCAAUCCUGUACCGCCAAAAUCGUUGGCAGAGGCAGGUACAAUGGCUGUUGCAUACAGUAUAGCAUGGGAUUCGAAAGUAAUAGCCAGUGCAUGGUGGGUGCAUCAUGAUCAAGUAUCCAAGAGUGCACCUACUGGAGAAUAUCUUACUACUGGUUCCUUCAUGAUACGCGGGAAAAAGAAUUACUUGACGCAAAGUCAACUAAUUAUGGGAUUGGGUAUCAUGUUUCGCUUGGAGGACAGUUCCAUAGAACGACACAAGGACGAGAGAAAGGUGAAAGCAAUUGAUGAGGAAAGCGAGAAAGCGGACUCGAUAGUUGAAGAUGAUAAGGAAAUAGAAUUAGAAGGUGAUUCGGACGAAGAAGAGACUCUGGAAAACAAAGAUACGUUAAAUCCAAUUCAAGAAGAGGAUCAGGAGUCAGAAUCCCACACAACAAAUAGUGAUGCUAAAAAAGAUACAUGUGAAGAAGAUGAUGAAGAAGAUACGAAAUAUCAGUUUCCUGAUACACAAAUUAAAAUUGAUCUGUCAGGUCCGAAGGUAAAAUUACACAUUGAUAAUAAUCAGCCUUUGAUACAAUCUCAGAAGGACACAAAAGAAAAUGUAGUUUAUUUAGGAGAUGAUAAGCCUGUUAUGAUAAAUGCAUCUGUAGAGAAACAUACAAAAGUGAAACAAAAAGCAUAUCCAAAAGAAUCAACAGAGAAGAUUGAACAGACUGAUAAGAAUGAAAGCGAUAACAAAAAAGGAGAGCAACCUGCAUUAAAACGAGGAAAAAAGGGAAAACUAAAGAAAAUGAAAGAAAAAUAUAAAGAUCAGGAUGAGGAAGAUAGAAGACUUUCAAUGCUUGUCUUGCAGUCGGCAGGUGCAGCCAAAGAAGAUAAAAGAAAAAAUAGAGCUAAAGAUCCAUCAGGUCCAAAGCAACAAGGAAAGAAAAAGACCAAUCCGAAUCCAAAACCAAAUAUUCCACCGCAAUCCAUGCAUGUGAUAGAUAACGUUGACGACGAAGACGCGGGUCCGAUUCCUGAGGUUGAUAUGCUCGAUCAAUUAACAGGAAAACCUUUUUUAGAAGACGAGUUACUGUUUGCUGUUCCUGUGGUAGCACCUUACAAUACUUUACAAAAUUACAAAUUUAAAGUAAAAUUGACACCUGGCAUUGGUAAGAGAGGCAAAGCUGCCAAAACAGCUAUAGCUGUAUUUCUCAGAGACAAAGAAAUUUCUUCACGUGAAAAAGACUUACUAAAGGCAAUUAAAGAUGAGACAAUAGCUAGAAAUAUACCUGGAAAAGUGAAGAUAAGCGCCCCUCAGAUUCAAAAACUAAAAAAAUAAUUAAAAAACUACUUUUAAUUCAAACAGGUGAUAUCUUAAUUAUUUGCAGCACAAAUUUACUUUUAAAGAAAUUGCACAUUUUCUUUCAAUUACACAAUAUUUCAUGAAUAUUAAUUGACAAAAAUAUUAGGUAUAUAUAUUUUUUAAAUGAAACUGAGAUUUACUGUUUAUAAGGUUACCACGUGUUAAAAACAAAUAUUCAAGUUUGAAUAUUUAAUAAGUAUAUGUGUAUGAUAUGUAAAUAUAUAAAAUCUUUUUGAGGCAAUUAAAUUUUAUAAUUCUUUCAAUCUAUUUUGAAAUUUUGUUAUCUGAAAAUAUAUAGGCGAACUGUUUUCCCAAAUGGUUAUUUACUUGUGCGAUUACAUUGUAAAAACACUGAAGAUUCUGUUACCAGUAUACAUACAAAAGAAUAAACAUCAUUCAACAAUG